UGACAGGCGAUAUGCAUGAGGGUCAUGGCAGGGUUAGUAAGAAGAGCUCAGCCCCAGUGAACGCUAGUGUGUGCCAGGCCUGAGGGAUACCAACUCUGCCCGGUGAUCCGUCUGGGCGGUGCCCAGCGAGGAACAUGUGCUGGAGUGUUGGUGCGGUGUUGAUGCUGGUAACAGUGGCGGGGAUUCCUGCACACAGUCAGCAGACCUCAGCAGCAUCCUCCCGCCUGGCCACCGCCUACACGAUAAGACGAACUGAUGACUCCACUCAGACAUUUCUCAGAGUGGGGUCCCCUCCCUCCACCCGGUCCCUCACUGUGGCUCUGCAGACUGACCUGACCAGCUGUGGGUGCAAGGUCACAGGUAAUUACUCAGGUCGCGUCCUUCAGGUGACAGGUGGCUAUACAGGUGAUGCGCUGAAGGUGGUGGCGCUGAGGGACCGGCGUGUGGAGGGCGUUGGGUCAGUGGAGGAGUUACUGGGUGUAGCAUGGCGUCCCGAGGAAGAGGAGAUGCUGGUCAUAACGGCUCCCAGGACCAACCUUAGCCUGGCCAGCGGACAUAAGGGGCAGGCGGAGCAGUGGUGGCGGCUGUGGCUGAGAGGCGGGGGAGAGGAGCGUGUUAAGGCCUCCAGUGGGCACUCCUCACCGCCUCAGCCUGACAAAGAGCAAGACGCAGCCCGAACCGAAUCAGGACGGGGCGUGGAGGUGCGCACUCACUUCUAUGAAUCCAUCUUUGGCAUAUUCAUGGACUCACUGGUGGCGGGGGAGCGUCGGGGUCUUCUGAAUCUCACCUUCACGCCAUACACUCAGGAACACUGGCAGGUGAGCCUACAUGUGCCAGUUAUCUCUGCGGCCCUUGAGUGGGAGACGAAGCUCUGGAAAAACCAGGGCAAGCAAUAUCGGCAAGUUAAUGGAGAAGUCAGGUCUACCAAAUCUGAUGUCUCGUUAGACUUCGUUCACUUCGAGCAGGAGAAGCAGGGCGAGGAGACUCCAGCCAUGGAUGACAGCGGUGAGGCUGGCUGCAGCUGUGACGCUCAAGGUUGUGGGGACGGCGGUGUCAAGAAACCACAUGAGAAAUCGCCGCACAACUUCUACAGUGAUUGCGAAUCAGAUUUAAGAAAAGAAUGGACAGCAGACCAGAAUGAAGUUUGCAAUGGUCGAGGUCAUAAAUCGGAAGACUUGAAACAAAAUUACCCUGAUUCUGUAAUGGUAAAUAUUGAAGAAAAAUGUUCCAAGGAGGCGGAGUGUGAUGGACCAAACGAGUCGAUAUCGAGCGAAGCUGUUCAAGAGAUUGCACAAAAAAUAACUUCCAGGGUUCUCAGCCUUUCUUCCAACAUGAAAACUUUCGUCUCACCUGACGGAGGACACUGGAUCCGGAUUCUGCUGCGCACACACCUAGCAUUCUGUCCUCGCCUUAGCUGGAACUUGAACCAAAUAUUUCGUUUCAAUGGUGACUGGACUGGAUGGGAGUACGUGGUGAACACCUGGGAGUGGGGCAACAUGGUGGUGAAGGCGGAGUGGGGCGUCUCUCUCCUGCAGUGGUACCAGAAAACUUUCAGCUUCUCUUUCGACCAGGCGGCGGCGCUCCCCUCCACGCAGCUGGUCCUAGAUUUCCGUGACUGGUGGAGCUACAAGGCGUGGCUGAAGUGGCCGGUCCUCGCAUCCUCCCUUGCCGCCUCCCUCACGCUUGGCCCCGAUCGCCACACACUGCUGGUGAAGAAAGUGGAUGAGUUCCUGGGUGAGGACGCCGGAGAGGUGGUGGUGCGGGUGGUGGCGCGACACAUCCCCGCUGGCCUGGUUGUGACCUUCCUCGCCGACACCGCCACCAUGAAGGAGCUCCACGAUAUUGCCGUUGCCGUCCUUGCUCAGGCCAUGGAGAGCCCGGACCUGUGUGGCGAAGUGCCUGACCACGCCACUGUACACAGGUUCUUGCAAGAUCUCUUUGGACAGUCUCCGGCGAGUCUCUGGGCGAAUCUGCUACAGGAGGCCCGCCACCUGCUGCUGGGGUCUGGCUUCGAGGCAGACUUACAUCACCUGCUGGAAGUUUUCAGGGAAGAAAUGGGAACAGCAGAAGGCGCAGGAUUAUGGGAGGUAGUAUGGACGGUGCUGGAGCGGGCGGGGUUGCUGAUGUCCCGCGGCGAGGAGCUAGAGAUAGCGGUGCCCUCUGAGUGGAUUACGCUGGUGCAGGGGUGCGUCACUUGGGCUGUCAUGGAAGGCCCCGGGCAGUGCGAAGGCAGCACACUGAUGGGUAACCUGCUGGAGGCGCUGGUGGUGACUCUGGGGCGAGGUGGCAGCGGGUAGGCAGUCUUUUAGACCAGCCAGUGUAAUAGCACCUGUAUUGGCCGCAAAUGUGCAAUGUCCAUAGAAGCAGUGGUAGUACAGUGUUGUCAAGUAUAUUGUUGUGUUCAUUCUUAGUAGGCAGCAUCUUAAUUCCGCUUGUUGCAGUUGUCGUAGUUAUCAAUUCUCUCUCUCUCUCUCUCUCUUUGUGUUUCACUGUUUGAUCUGCUGCAGUCUCUGACGAGACAGCCAGACGUUACCCUACGGAACGACCUCAGAGCUCAUUAUUUCCGAUCUUC